UCAGCGGUAGCCCCGCCCUAUUUAGCAACGUCACUACACUACUGCUGAGUGUGUCCAAUUAUCGCCGAGGGUGCGUGCUGAAAGUUCUGUGAGCUCGUGAGCGGCUGAGUGGACGCAGAAGUGUGUUUGACAUCUUUAACGUGAAAUAUUUUAGCGUUUCGUCACGUCAGAGGAUGGAAUAUUAAUAAUAAUAAAAAAAACAAAAACAAAAAGGAAACGUCUAUUGUCCGCACGUGACUACAGUGAAAGCUUUUUAAUAUGCACGCUGUAUCGUUCAUGCAGAGAUGGAAGACCGAGUGAUUGGUGAGAUCUUUCCUUAUUAACGCACUUUACGGGUCUUUCGUUUUUGUUUAUUUAAAACAAAGGCUCGCGUACAGAAUCACGCAGAGAAGGUGGCCGGUGACGUGAGGAGGUGAAACUGCGUCAGAGAGCACGCGCGCGCGGUCUUUCUGUUCAACAGGGGAAGAUUUAACGGCUGUCUCGGUUAGCAGAGGACGGAGUGGGAAAAGAUGACAGAAAAUGGCGAGAAGGAGAACGAGCCGCAUCACCGGGACCUGCAGCGUUCACCGGGUUCCGGUACAAUCCGGCCAGAGUCCAAGCUCCAGAAACUGAAGCGCUCACUGUCAUUAAAGUCAAUGAUGCGGAGCAAAAGUGUCGAGAACUUCUUCCAGCGGUCAAACAUGGAGACCCUGCCCCUUGACAGUAUCAUCACUACCGAGGCUCCACCCUCCAUCACGGAGUCUCUCUUUUGUGACUGCCCUUUGACCCUUGACAGGUCCCCAUCCAUCAGUCCGAACCUGUCUCUGUCUUCACGUUCACCUUCAUCAAGCCCGUCCCUGUCGAUGAACUCCAGCACUCCUCCCCCUCCUCAGCCACGCCCACAGAAAACACACUGUUUCCUGGAAUAUGUGUUUCGCCGGCCCAUUGUCUGCCAGCAAUGCAAGCAAAUGAUAACAGGGAACUCAAAGCAGGGUCUGCGCUGCAAGACAUGUAAACUAGCAGCCCAUCUGUGGUGCUCGUCUGAACUUUCACAGCAGGUGUGCAAUGGAAAGUCGGGGGCGUUCAAGCGGAACUUCAGCUCUCCACUGCUCACUCACGAGCCGUUCACAGUCGUUAAGGAAGCCCCGCCCACUCAAGGUGAGAACUGUCUGCCUCCUGACGCGCCUGUCUUCUUGGUACGAGCGCUGAUUUUUGUGUACGGUGAAACAGUAUUGUGUGUGUGUGUGUGUGUAGAACAGGGAAAAGGCGCCAUGGACCCCGUGUACGAAGCCCUGCGAUACGGGACGUCUCUCGCGCAAAUGAGCCGAUCGACUUUCAGUAGCAUCUCCGAGUCGCCAUGUCAACAAAGCGAAGAAGGACGGGAGAAGUUGGACAGUGAAUCUGUCACCGAAGAAGAGCAUGCCGCUGAAUCCGAGGUGGCGUCUCUGGCUGAGAGUGAGAAGAGUGAGACGGAGGACAAGCUCAGUUUACAGCCACCCAGGCGCAUUGAGCUUCGCGCCAUUCACACCUAUGUGGCGUUGUACAAGUUCCUGCCGCAGGAGAAAAACGACCUUGAGCUUCAGCCGGGCGAUCGUGUUCAGGUAAUCGACGACUCAAACGAGGACUGGUGGAAGGUCUCCCAGACUGUCUAGGGGAUAAGUGGAAUGGAGAAAUGAAAAUAAGCUGGGCCGUCUCGCUCCCUGAGCUCAAGUAGAAUCCCUUCAAAUCCCGUCCAAAUUCACCACCAGUCAAGUCACACCCAGCUUCAUGACAUCAUCGGUCCCAUGAGCGGCUUUUUUGUCACGCCUCCAUAAUCUGCAUCACCUCGGUAUAAUCACUUUGGGUGUAAAAUUUCAACAACAACCAAAAAAAAAACAUUCCAUGUUUAUAACUAGAAGAUAGAGACGUGGAUUUUUGUCAUUUUCAGAGCUCAAAUCCACAGACAAAAUGAGCGAGUGCAUAAGUCCCAGGAGCUGAUCACGACGUUUUAAAGCCUGUCGUGUUUGUGCUCUAGGCGAAACUUACAGAACUAUCAUUCAGAGUCUCUUUGCUAAUAACACAUCCUGUGUCGCUCUCUUGCUUUAAUGUUCUCUCUGUAGAGAGAAAUAACGUACGAGUACUUCCAAAAGCAACUCCUAUCCACAUAUUGUUUUGUGUGAGCCCUCUUCCUGUCUGCUCCAAACAGGAUACGGUUGCUUGUGUCACAGCACAUAGACACGGGGUGAAUUCCACUUCAUUGGUUCCCAGUUGUGGAAGCAGUGACACAAUUAAAAGAAAACUCAUCUUACCUGUUAAACCAAGACUACACCUGAGUCCACUAUGUCCGAUACAUAUUCUGAUGCACUUGGAACAGUUGUCAGUGAUGUAACCCGGGGUCAACAUCAAAUACCCUCAUCCACGCGACCCAGUCCUUCAGCCCUGUCUGCGAUACUCAGGAACUGAGUCUGCAUAUUUUGCUCUCUUCUGCUAAUUGACCUUCUCUGUUUUUUGUGCCCUAGCAUUACCACCUGUCUCAAUGUUUCUGACAUCGGGCUCAUAUCUGGCCUAAUCAGUGUCCUCAGGAAACUUGAGUUGGUUCACUUUCACAGCACACCAGCUGAGUCUGGACUAGGAAUUUAAUAGACUAGGUAAUGGCCAGCCAGAUCUCAGUCCAUAUGAUCUUCUUGUCCAUUCUAUGCUCCUAGCUUGUCCAUGUGCAAUGCCGGCUCCCUGCUUGUCCAUCCCCACCUACCUGCUGGCCUGGACUUUCUCUAGACAUGGUUGCAACUUCUCCUAGAUCAGCUUGCAACUCUCCUUGCCUUGUGCUUCAUCAUAGUGAGGCAUUGAGAUGCUACCCAGGCCAGAACCUCCUGAUACGACUGAUCCAACCAAUGUCUUGUACAUGAUUUUGCCAUCUCUACUGGGUGCUUUGCUCUCCACUUCAUGCUGGUCCUCACUUUCAUGCCCCUCUGCAAGAUCUUUGGGUUGUUGGAUUCCCUGUACUGCGGGGGAGCCCUAAGAACCUAAAAAGUAGUGGCAUUUCUUGAAGCUCUUGACUGUGGAGAGUGAGACAUCUUACACCAGUAGGGGCCACAAGUAACAUGAAAGGAUGCUAUGCUGGUAAAUCCAAACUUUGGACUUCCCUGGUAUACUUGACUCUACCUGCCAGGAGCUGGAGUCAUGGUUGGAUAGAGACGGUGUCCCUCAAGGAGCAAUUCCCAAUUCUUAUUUGAUUCAUCAAAGAUGGUGUGGACUGGGGUGCCUCCCACAAAGAAGUAGAACUUGUCGACCAAUUUUACUUUCUUGAGUACCAGAGACCUUGGCAGACUUGACGCACAUCCAUGUGCAGCCUCUCUAAACCCUGGUGAAACCAUCUGCACCUUGGCACUGACAUAGUUGUUGAGCAAAGUUAUCCACAAAGGAUCUGAUGUGGCGGGUGUCAAAUGCCAACAUGGACCAGAGUUCUAACAACCACUCCCACUCAACUUUUCCUGCCACCUCGUACUGGUGCUUCAGUGCACUCAGUUCUUGCUGUAGUUGGCUGAACUUAGCUGCCCUGUGGUUCAGCCUACAGGGGUCUUGGUGGUCUGCCUUUCCUCUGUGCCAAAUCUGUUGGCUCCCAAACUCCGUCAUUCCAUGGAGCUUCUGGUUUGCAUCGGCCUUUGCUGUAGCUUAACGGAUUCUGUCCAUGUCCUUGUCAAUAUGGAGUCUUCUUGCUAGCAGGUAGCCACUUCACCCAUCAUUGUUCAUUAAUUCUGCCUGGUGCUCAUCCCCAUCCCCUUUCA